CAUCGCACAAGAUGUUCAUUACACGUUAAGCCGCCGUGGCUGCUUUAGUUAUCCGCCUGCUGACACGCUGAAUACGGUUUCUAUUUUCUCAUUAGCAUACUUGCCGUUUCGUGCGCGACAUCCGCCGCGAUCGCGCAGGCGGUCGAUGUGAGUCCCACGUCGCCGGGCCGACGUCACGUUUGACAAAAAGUGUUCAUCAGAGAAUUCACCAGAAGGCAACUCCCGCGGUAUCUCACGCAAAACUACAAAUCGUCCGUUCACAACGUCCAGUACACCCGACGUUCGUUCGCGAUAUCAUCUUGAUAUUCGAUGUCAUGGGAAUAACAACGCGACAAAUUUUCUUAUUCGUUCUUUUCCACGCAUACACACGUAGCUCGAGCGUUUCCUCGAAGGAAGGCGACAUUUGUUACUGGCAUCAUCCACACACAAUCGAUUAUCCCGAGUGUGAUUUCGCAGAGAGCCGGCAGCGUCUCGUCUGUUUCAAUGGUCUCCAAGACAAGUGGAAGGCCAGGAACGAAAAUAUACAGGUGCUCGUUCUGUGCGAAUGGCCAAUCGCGACGUUCAAUCCACAGGAAGUACUGCGAACAUUUACGCGUUUGCGAAAGUUAACACUGGCGAACAGUAAUUUGACUCAAUUAUCAACUACAUUUCCGAUCGAAAUGGCAGUACUCGAGAAAAUCAAUGUGAUCGGCACUAAGCUACGAAUACUGCUGAGGAACGUGUUUUCGAAUCUGCGGGCCUUAAGGAUUCUCGAUCUAAGGAACAACGCUCUCGAGGAGAUCAAUAUUACAACUAUUGACGUGCCGACCUUGAAGCAACUUUAUUUAGCCGGUAAUCCGUUGAGAUGUACGGAAGAUACCGCCUGGAUUUUGGACUCCACCGAAGGAUCAGUCGCGAGCAGAGUCGUCGACAGAGACAAAUUGCUUUGCGCCGCACCGUAUGAUGGAAGACCGCUUGUCCCGGUCGUCGAAAUAAUCGUGGCGCUGAGAGAGGAAUGCAAACGGACCAUCUGCGAGUGCGAACUAGUCUACGUGGUCGGACGUGCCGGCAAGCUCACCGCUCAGGGGCAAGUCAUAGCUUUCACCUCGGUAAAUUGUAGCCACCGCGGCCUCACCGACAUGCCCGACUUCUUACCGGCGAACACGACCACCCUUCGUCUAACCGGAAACAAGAUCAGUGAUUUAACUCCGCUUACGACAAAUCCCGUCUACCAGUCGGUGUUGGAUCUUUACAUAGACGACAAUCUAGUGGAGUCUAUUGUUCGGCUGGAAGGAUCGAACUGGCUGGACCACUUUCGGCUCCUUAAUCUUCGGGGGAACAAACUCAUCGAUUUUCCCACUUACGCUUUGGAGAACGUUCUGCACAACGGCAACGCGGCCAGCCUGUAUCUCGGUAAUAAUUCAUGGACGUGCGACUGCCACUUUACGCCGAGCUUUCAGGUGCUGCUAAUUAGAUAUCCGAAUCUGGUGAAGGAUAUCAACGACGUGAGAUGCGCUUUCGUGAAUGACAACGACAACGCGAACAAACAGAUACGCGAUCUUACGCGAACGGAGAUUUGUAUUGCACCGGACGAGGAUUCCUGGCUCCAUCCCCUCGAUGUUUUGAACGUUAUAUUGGCAUCAUUAAUAUUCCUUGUGCUUGGCAAGCUCUUGUACGAUUACUGGUCUUUUAAGAAGACCGGUAAGCUACCUUGGAUCGUCACCAAAAUACCAUGAUAGCGUUGCUAGUGUUUCUCGUAAAGAAAAACGAGUUACGACGAGUUACGACGAAUUAUGACGAAUUUAGUCAUUAGAGUAACAGUGGAGAUUGUAGUGAAUUCACUCGCGUGUCGGAAUGCGCUUUUUGCUUUUUUAAUUUCAAUUGUACCCGCGUCUACGUAUGCUCGUGUUCUUCGCAAAUCUAACGUGUUAAACUCGAGUUCGAUCUCCAUUUCACUCUGCAAAGAAGAUAACACGAAAGUAUCAAUUGUUAUUUAUUCGAUAUUUAUUUAAAUUUUUAUCUUUAUAGAAAGGUCGAAUAAAAGGUAGAUUGCACUUUG